GUGAAAGCUUCUUCUUGAAGGAGGAUCGCGGUUUUGGGAACAUAUAGCGUGAGGAUGAGGCUUUGUUAUUUAUAGGUAUGAACCGUACUUGAGUCCUGGAUUGCGCGCUUCGGGGCUUCGCGGAGGAAGAGGAAGACAAAAAAGUGUUGGGGCACAUCAUCUGUCUGAAUCUGAAGCAACAGAAAGAAAAAAAAUGGAGGAAAGCCUUCCUCCUGGAUUCAGAUUCCACCCGACUGAUGAAGAGCUCAUCACUUGUUAUCUCACUCGCAAGGUCUCCGACACCGGGUUCGCGUCAAAAGCCAUCGCCGACGUAGAUCUCAACAAGUGCGAACCUUGGGAUCUUCCAGGCAAGGCAUCAAUGGGGGAGAAAGAAUGGUAUUUCUUCAGCUUGAGGGAUCGAAAAUACCCGACUGGACUCCGGACGAACCGAGCGACGGAAGCGGGGUAUUGGAAGACCACGGGGAAGGACAAGGAGAUAUUCCGGGGAGGCAUCUUGGUAGGGAUGAAGAAAACCCUAGUCUUCUACAAGGGAAGAGCUCCGAGGGGUGAGAAGAGCAACUGGGUCAUGCACGAGUAUAGGCUAGAGAAUAAGCAUCCUUUUAAAUCCACCAAGGAAGAAUGGGUGGUAUGUAGGGUGUUCCAGAAGACAGCCGUGAAGAAGCCACAGCCGGCGCUGUCCUCCGAGCAAUCUCCAGACUCUCCUGGCGACACAAACUCGGCACUUCACGACCAGUACGGAGAUAUCGAGUUAUCAAAUAGUCUAACCGGCAUGCCUAAUAACACAUCAAGUGGGUUCGCCAACAUUAAUUUAGCUCAAAACUAUAGUAAUCAUAGUGAUAGUACUGCCUAUAACAUGCAAAGCAAUCCCCAAAUGAACAUGAUGACCAACUGGCCUUCGUCGGCGAGAGAAGCGAUCGCCGGCCUACCGUCCCUCCCGUGGCCCCCAACCUUGCUGAGCUCGAAUUUAGCUGUGAAUGCGUUCCUUCUCAAGGCACUUCAGGUGAGGAACAAUGGCAACUACAGCCACCAGCCAAGAGAUCAAGCAGCAACAUUGUUAGGCACUUAUGACUAUUCUAACCAUCUUCAGCCCCAGCAACAAGCACAAGGAGCAUCUCAUCAUCAUCAUAAUCUGUUCGGAAUGAGCGAUUUAACAUCUUCGACGAGUUUCAAUGCAUCUUCGAGCUCGAAGGAUUUGGAGUCAUCAGUGCCGGAUCAUCAACAACAGCAGGAGCAACCCUUCAGUUGGACUCCAUUGAGUGAAGGCAUUUGAAACUUGUGAAAAUAGCUAACUUCUUUUCAAAAUUGAGUUACAGUCGUAUCGAAUGGUCCCAACUGUGUAAUAGCUGAAAAAGCUUCGACCACCUUUUAUUUGUCCAACGUUGAUCAUCGCUAUCUAGGUUAAUAUGUAUGUAUAGCUCAUGUUACGUAGUCUUUAAAUUUCCGUGCUUCAUCUUUUAUGUCCAAUGUAAACUCUCUCUCUCACAAUAUAAAAUAUGCAUAGAGGAGAUUUGGCUC